CUAAUAAACAUUCGCGGUCGGUCGGUUGGUCAAACGCGCAUUUUCACACCCCACGUCGGACCUCGGUACUUUCGGACAAUCGAAUUACCAUCGCAAUGAACGACGUCGUGACGAGUCACGAAUUUGACGAUCUCCGUUCGUCGCUGUCGGGUGAACAUCCAAGGGAUGAGAGACAGGGGAAAGGGAAACCCGUUCGUACCGUUGAGGAGAUCCUGCGGCGAGUGCAACGCGAAUUGUGUCUAAUCAAGUUAUGUUGGCCGGAUGUAUCGACAAUCACGGAGGAUCUCUAUGCGCGAUCACUUCCGGACAGUUAUCGUUGCGUCAGCGACAAGGAGCGACUGCUGCUGUGGUACGCGGAGAACUUCCGCCGGCAGAUUCAUGCGAAAUACGCGAAUCGCCGACCGUUAUUGUUGGCCUGCGAGAACGAAUGUCGUGUACAAGUGGGUAAAAUUUAA